GUCCAGACCCACCAGCACACGUGGCUCCUCCAUUAGGCUUAAAUAACCAGGUGGGGCAAAUACGUCAUUCCACAUAACUGGGUGCGGUCUCUUAACUCUCUCUAUAAAAACCCUCUCCCACUCCCACAGAUAGAACUCGUCACCGCCAUUGCAGAGAGCGUAAAAGCAAGCACUGAGAUUUCCAAAAUCCGUCUGAAAUCUGAAUCAAUAAACGAACCCACAAUCCGCAACCUCUGUCUCUUCUUUUCCCCCCUUUUAUCUUAUCCUCCAUUUUCGUCAAACAAUGGGUCAGGUGAACGGAGACACGCCGUCGACGAUCCUCGACGAUUUCCUCGACAAGUGCGGCGGCUGCGCUGUGGUGGACGGCGGUUUCGCCACCGAACUCGAGCGCUACGGUGCCGACCUCAACGAUCCACUCUGGAGCGCCAAAUGCCUCAUCAGUUCCCCUCAGCUCGUCAGAAGGGUUCACUUGGAUUAUCUUGAUGCUGGAGCUAAUAUAAUCCUGACAGCAUCUUACCAGGCUACCAUCCAAGGGUUUGAAUCAAAAGGCAUGUCAAGGGAGGAAGCUGAGCAUCUCUUGAAGAGGAGUGUGGAGAUCGCCUGUGAGGCCAGGGAGAUUUAUGCUGACAAAUCUCGUAAAAGCUCUUGGGAGUUUGUUGAAAGUGGGCAAGCCUCCAGGCGCCCUGUUCUGAUUGCAGCUUCCAUUGGCAGCUAUGGAGCUUAUUUGGCUGAUGGCUCUGAGUACAGUGGGAACUAUGGGGAAGCAAUUACCCUCCAAGCAUUGAAAGACUUCCAUAGGAGAAGGCUGCAGAUUCUGGCAAACUCUGGUGCUGACUUGCUUGCCUUGGAGACGAUCCCUAACAAGCUUGAAGCCCAGGCGUAUGCCGAGCUUCUUGAAGAGGAAGCCAUGAUGAACGCACCAGCGUGGUUCUCUUUCUCUUCCAAAGACGGAGUCAAUGUGGUGAGUGGGGAUUCCAUAAGCGAGUGUGCUUCCAUUGCAGAUUCCUGCAAGCAAGUUGUUGCUGUUGGUAUCAACUGCACUCCUCCUAGGUUCAUCCAUGACCUCCUCGUCUCUAUCCGCAAGGUAACCAACAAGCCAAUAAUUAUAUAUCCGAACAGCGGGGAGACUUAUGAUCCUGAGCAGAAGCAGUGGGUGAAUUCGAGCGGGGUUUCGGAUGAGGACUUCGUGUCCUACGUCGGGAAGUGGAGAGAAGCGGGGGCUUCACUGUUUGGUGGGUGUUGCAGAACUACUCCUAAUACCAUCAGGGGAAUCUGCAGGGUUCUUUCCGAAGACGGAUCAAAGUGAAAAGGGUUUGGCUAGCUGGGAGUUCCUGUUCUAGGGAGAAUCACUAGUUUACUGAAGAGGAGGAAAAUGUUGCUUAAUAAGCUUCUCUCUUCUUUUGCCUCUUUGUUGCUGUCUGUAACCCCCCUCGUUGUACUUAGAAAUGCAGCUUUAUUGCUGGUUAAUUUGUAUGAUUCAAAUGGCAAUGGUGAAGUAAAAUGUUUUUUCUGAAUUAAGAUGGGACUUUGCCCUAGCAACCUUUUGACACACACUUGUACGAGUUUACACUUUACACGGUACACACAUCAUUUGCAUAAACCACUAAUCAAAUUGUACCGUACCUGCAGUUCAAUGAAAAAUAUCUUA